AUGGAUGGAAUUGCCAACACCAUCAUAGUCGGCAGAGUUGAUGUGGAAAAGGUGACAACGUUAACAAACCCAUAUGUGGAUGCCUUGAAGAGUCUGUGGAGCGACCCAGGGGUUCAGGAAUGUUACAGUCGGAGGAGGGAAUACCAGCUCUCAGAUUCAGCCAAGUACUAUCUGAGUGACUUGGCUCGAAUCGCUGAUUCUUCUUAUCUGCCAACCCAGCAAGACAUCCUGAGGGUCAGAGUGCCCACAACAGGUAUAACAGAGUAUCCAUUUGACCUGGAGGGUGUGGUGUUCAGGAUGGUGGAUGUAGGUGGCCAGCGCUCUGAGAGGAGGAAGUGGAUCCACUGUUUCGAGAAAGUCACGUCCAUCAUGUUCUUGGUGGCACUCAGCGAGUACGAUCAGGUCCUUGCUGAGUCCAGCAGCGAGAAUCGAAUGGAGGAAAGCAUGGCUUUGUUCAAGACGAUCAUAACCUACAAAUGGUUUGACAAGUCCUCAAUCAUCUUGUUUCUCAACAAGAUAGAUCUGCUGGAGGAAAAAAUCAUGUACUCACAUUUGGUGGACUAUUUUCCUGAGUAUGAUGGUCCGCAGCGGGACGUCCAAGCAGGAAAAAAAUUCAUCUUGGACAUGUUUGAAAGCCUCAAUCCUAACGAGGACAAAAUCAUCUACUCCCACUUCACGUGUGCCACAAACACAGACAACAUUCGAUUCGUCUUCUGUGCGGUCAAGCACCACAUCUUGCAGUGCAACCUGGAAGACCAGAACUUGGUUUAGAUGCUGGCGGUUGCUACGUAAUCUAAUCGUCUCGGUGCAGCUGGCAGUCAGGAGCGCUCUGCAGUGACUGUUAGAUGCUGCUCGGCAAUAUAAUCCAAAACAGGAAAUUGAGAAGCUUCAGAGCUUGUCAUCAAAUGACUGUACUACUGAUGCAUUUCAAAUUUUCUUGUUAGACUCUGUAAAUGGAUGUCUCCAGCUAUUAUGAAGUGUGACCUGCCAAUUAAAGUGCUGCCUUUUGGAGGAGUCUAAUAUAGCACGCACUCUGAAAUUUAUGGAGCGCUUCGUGGGCGUUUUUUUUUUGAGCAGUGUAAAUGUACACUGGUGGAUUAAUAGGAGGAAAAGUAUUGGAAGUGGUGGCCACAAAUGCCUUUGAGGUACUGAGAUGCACUAGAUGUCUUUCUCUGGUUGGAACACUGGAACUGAAUGCAGACUGUAUGGAUGGACUGCAACACUUCACAUCACUUACCCAACUUGUCAGUUGUUUUCAUUUUCUUUUAUGCUCUAAACUGGUUUGAAAUUAUUAGUUUUUUUUGUAUCUAAACUGAAAGAGAUCUAGUCAUAUUUAACACUAAUGACAUGUUUAUCAAAUAUAAACAUAACACAAAAAGAAACAAGUUAUUUAGUUAUGUAUUUCUUUGUUGUUACAAUGCUUCUUGGAAAUAAAUCUUGUGCUGUGGGAGAGUCUGUUUAUUUCCCUUUAAUGGCGCCACAAUUGU